CAAUGAAGAGUGUUGAAAUCAUUAUUCUUCUUCUUCCUUCUUCUUCUCCUUCUUUGGUGGGAUAGUAGAAUUAGUAGUAGUAAUAGAUUAAAGCAGUGAGCUUUUUGUUAAUUUUGUCUCGCAUUUUCGUUUGCCCAUACACACCACCAUCAUCAUUCUCACUCUUCUCGCGGCCCACAACUGUUUUGAGAAAAAUCCAACCAUCCAACAUCCCCCAUUUCUCUUUUUUCUCGAUCAUGGCCGGAGCUUAGAACAGAUCAAAUCCAAUCCAAUCCAAUCCAAUCAAAAGGGCAAAGAGAUUGAUUGCUUCACGAAUACACCUGCCCCCCUUUUGCUAUCUCCAAUUCAAAGAUGAGGCGCCAUGGAUGGCAGCUUCCUUAUCACCCUCUUCAGGUUGUUGCUGUUUCUGUAUUUCUGGCAUUGGGUGUUGCUUUCUAUGUGUUUAUUGCUCCCUUUGUGGGAGAAACUCUUUUUCAGCAUAUUGCUAUAGGAAUCUACACUCCUUUGAUUGUAUGUUCGGUCAGCUUAUACAUAUGGUGCACAGCAGCUGAUCCUGCAGACCCUGGUGUCUUCUUAAAGUCGAAAAAACAUUUGAAGAUUAAUUCAGAUGGAACUACCAGAAACAACAAAUCAUCAUCAGACAUUAAUGCAUCUCAUUAUAUUUGCAGCUGUUCAAACGUUUGCGAAGAACAACAACAACAACGACAAGCAAACGAAGAUGGGAUGUUCUACUGUAAUUUAUGUGAAGUAGAGGUGUUCAAGUACAGCAAACAUUGUAGAGUCUGUGAUAAAUGUGUCGACCAAUUCGAUCACCACUGCAGGUGGCUGAAUAACUGCGUUGGCAAAAGGAAUUACCAUAAGUUUUUCACCUUAAUUGUCUCUUCCCUUCUAUUGCUUAUACUGCAAUGGUCAACUGGAAUCCUAGUUUUGGUUAACUGUUUUACUAAGCAAAAUCAUUUCUCUUCUGAGAUCACUUCCAAAUUGGGAAGCAGCUUCUCUUUACUUCCUUUCGUUGUUGUCGUGGCUGUCUGCACCAUCUUGGCCAUGGUUGCCACUCUUCCAUUAGCUCAACUUCUCUUCUUCCAUAUUCUUCUCAUAAAGAAGGGAAUAAGCACAUAUGAUUAUAUAAUAGCUUUAAGAGAACAAGAUCAACAGAGUCCUCAAAUGUCACCUGCUAGUUCCUCCAUUACUGGAUUAAGCAGUGUAAGCUCUCUUAACAACUUCCAUAGAGCUGCUUGGUGCACGCCUCCACAUAUGUUGCUCGAAGAUCAGUUCGACGUGGUUUCUGCUGAUACCAUAUCUGUUAAUUCACUGGGAAAGAAUAAAAUGAAGAUGAAGAAGAAAGGGGAUAGUAAAAGAGGUGCAGGUUCUGUAAAGAUCAGUCCUUGGGCUUUAGCUCGAUUAAACGCAGAAGACGUAGUAAAGGCUGCUGCGGAUGCAAGAAAAAAGUCUAAGAUUUUGCGGCCAGUAGACUUUGUGGUCCAGCAACAAAAACAAGCUUCUAUCAAUUUGGAAUCUCGAUUGAGUUUGGAAAUAUCGAGUCCUUCGGUUAUUGCAGCUUCUUCUCCUGAUAGCUGUGGUAUGGACUCUCCUCCUCGCUUGUUUGGACCGUUUCGUGGCUCGACUUCGUCGGUUGCUAACGAUGCACGAGGGCUUACGGGUGUAUCGAAUUGUAUGAUGCCGGCUGAGGAGCAUAUUUCGUGGUCAAGAUCGACUAGUGAUGGGUAUGAAGCUUCUGGGGGCGAAGAUAGUGAUCAGUUUCCGUCCACGAUAAACUUGACUAAUAGACAGUCUGUUUUUGAUCGGGACGAGAUAAGACUGGUUAGCUUAAGGGAUUUGGCUUCGUCCAGCCAUGGUCAUAGUAGGAAUAAUCUGUAGAGAAGAAGAUGAGGGGAAGUAUGGGUUUGUAUGGUUUUUCAAACCCAGAAAGGAAGAAAGACAGGAUGCCAUAUAAUGUUUUCAAAUUGGGACAAAAACCAUUCUUGCUUGAAAUCAUUCAUUUCACAAUCAUGGUUGUAUUUGAUAUUGCUGUAACAUUAUAUAUGCAUGAGUUCAAGUUCAUUACUC